AUGUCGGUCCUCGAAAUCUCUCAUUGUUCCAAAACGCCUGACCUUCUCAAAAAGACCAAGAAGGCAAUUGUUAAAUAUUCCAGAAAACUACAAGAUACUAUUUAUGCAGGGAGGUGGGCAUACUCAAUUUGCGGCGGUCGUAUACAAUAUCGUCGCCGCAAAGAGGACGAUUACUCAUUGAAUCCACCUGUAGAUUAUGUUCGUGUUGAAUUCCCCUACAUUCCCGAUAUCGACCCUUCCGUUCCACUCGUGUGUGACAUGUCUUCGAACAUACUCUCGCGUAAAUUCGAUGUUAGUAAAUUUGGCGUGAUCUAUGCGGGAGCUCAGAAGAAUGUUGGACCGGCUGGAGUUACUAUCGUGAUCGUGAGAGAGGAUUUGUUGGUUGAUCAGCCAAAGACUGUUGUCGAGCAUAGUGCUGGGAGUAGUAGCAUGUUGGCGACAGUACCCAGUAUGUUGGAUUACAAAAUCAUGGCAGAUACAGAUUCGUUAUAUAACACGCCUCCCGUAUUUGCGGUGUACAUGGCGGGAUUAGUGUUUGAGCAUUUAACAGCACGAGGCGGAGUCCAAGAGAUUGAGAAAGUCAAUGAGAAGAAGGCUAAAUUGCUAAUAAACCCGCCCGAAUUGGAGACGCAAUUCUUGGCAGGUGCCGAAGCUUUGAAGACGUAUCAGUUGAAAGGACAUCGUAGCGUCGGCGGCCUUAGGGCCAGCAUUUAUAAUGCCAUGACAAUAGAGGGCGUAACUGCAUUGAUUGAUUACAUGAAAGCAUUCGAAGAAAAACAUACAGCAUAA